ACUAGAAAUCAAGAAAGAUUUUGAUGAUGAAAAAAGGGUCUCUUUUUCUGGGAAAAUGGGAGCUCCAUUCUUCAGUUGGCCAUGGCAGAAUUUAGGGAGUUACAAGUACAUCUUAUUUGGGCCAUUUCUUGGUGAGUUCAUGUAUUCAAGAAUGUACGGAAAGAGGCAAAGUGAGUAUGAUUGGUGUUUGCAUAUUCUAAUCUUGUCUUCAUUAAGAGGGAUUGUACACCAGAUAUGGAAUUCAUGUGAUAACAUGUUUUUCAUUAAUCGAAAUCAUCGAAUAUCUCAAAACGGGAUCGAUUUCGAUCAAAUCGACAACGAAUGGCAUUGGGACAAUUUCAUCAUACUUCAAGCAUUUGUAGCUUCAAUACCCUUCUUGAUCCAUCCUUCAAUCGCCAAUUUCCCGAUUUGGGAAACGACCGGGAUCGUGUUGUGUCUACUUUUCCAUAUCGGGAUCUCGGAACCUUUGUAUUAUUGGCUUCAUAGAUUGCUGCAUUCAUCAUAUUUCUUCCAACAAUAUCACUGGCUACACCAUAGUUCUAAAGUGAAUCAUCCAUUUACAGGUGGGAAUGCUACAUUUUUGGAGCAUUUAUUGCUUUGUGUGAUUAUUGGAGUUCCGAUCGUUGCAACUACUUUGAUCGGAUAUGGUUCGAUUAUCAUGUUCUACGGCUACAUCUUGGCGUUCGAUUUCCUUAGAUGUAUGGGGCAUAGUAACGUUGAAGUUGUUCCGCAUCAUAUCUUCGAAACCUUGCCUACUCUCAAGUAUCUUAUCUAUACACCAACGUACCAUUUCAUACACCACACAGACAUGAAGACCAAUUUCUGCCUCUUUAUGCCUCUUUUUGAUGUAUUGGGAAACACCAUGAAUGAAGCUUCUUGGGAUCUUCAUAAGGAAAACAGUUCAUCAGGCAAGAAAGCAAAAGCACCAGAAUUUGUGUUUCUUGCACAUGGGAUUGAUAUAAUGUCAUCAAUGCAUGCUCCAUUUGUUUUUAGGUCAUUAAGCUCAUUGCCAUUUGCUACAAAGCUUAUCUUAAUGCCAAUAUGGCCUUUUGCUUUCUUGGUGACUCUCAUCAUGUGGGCUAAGUCCAAAACUUUCUUGCACACUUUCUGCAAUCUUAGAGGAAAACUACUUCAAUGUUGGGUGGUACCAAGAUUCGGUUUCAUGUAUUUUUUACCGUUCGCCAAAGACGGCAUAAAUAAGCAAAUCGAAGAAGCUAUACUGAAGGCCGAUAAAAUUGGUGUCAAGGUCCUUAGCCUCGCGGCCUUGAACAAGAAUGAAGCGUUAAAUGGAGGUGGGAAACUUUUCGUCACAAAAUUUCCGGAUCUUAAAGUCCGCGUGGUCCAUGGAAACACGUUGACCGCAGCCGUUAUUCUGAAGGAGAUUCCUCUAGAUGUCAAAGAGGUGUUCUUAACCGGAGCUACUUCUAAGCUCGGAAGGGCCAUCGCCCUUUAUCUAGCUCGUCGUGGAGUUAGAGUCUUGAUGCUUACUCAAUCGACCGAAAGAUUUACGAGCAUUCAGAAAGAAGCUCCAUUGCAAGACCAAAGCUUGUUAGUUCAAGUUACAAAGUAUCAAGCAGCUAAACACUGCAAGACCUGGAUUCUGGGCAAAUGGACCUUACCAAGAGAGCAAAGUUGGGCACCACCAGGAACACACUUCCAUCAGUUUGUGGUUCCACCGGUUAUCGAAUUCAGAAGAGAUUGCACGUAUAGUAAGCUCGCAGCCAUGAAGCUUCCCGAUGACGUCCAAGGCCUAGGCACCUGCGAGUACACGAUGGAAAGAGGUGUGGUUCAUGCUUGCCAUGCGGGUGGGAUCGUUCAUUUUCUUGAAGGUUGGAGCCACCAUGAAGUGGGUGCAAUCGAUGUGGACCGGCUUGAUUUGGUCUGGGAAGCGGCUUUACGACAUGGGUUCAAGCCGGUUUGAAGAUGGUCUCAUUAGUUUCUUAUAGACUCGACUCGACUCGACUCAACUCAAAGUAGUGGCAGGAAACUAGCCUUA